AUGGCUCAACCUUACCCUCUCUGUUCUUUCAACAAUUCUUUCAUCAAUCCCAAAUUUCCCAACUUCAAUUAUACAUCCAAUAAAUUCAAAACUUUCUUCUCUUACCAACCUCACAAUUCUCUUCAUGAUGAAAAUCUCAACAACCCAGAUGCAAAAAUCUCAUCUUUAUCCAAACCUAAAAUCUGGGUCAAUCCCAAAACCCUCAAAUCCAACCGAAUUUGGAAUAAACCCCAAACAGCAAUUUCAUCUCUUGAAUCAUGUGAUCCUAAUGAGCAACAAGUAUAUGAAAUCUUGAGUGGUUUAGGAGGCAAUGUUACACAAAGUGAUGCAGAACACAUUCUCCACAACAUAUCCAACCCAGAAACUGCAAUUCUUGCUCUUAAAUACUUCCAGCAGAAGAUUGCACCUGAAAAUCAUGUUAUUCUCUACAAUGUGGUGUUUAAGUUGUUUAGGGAAGUUAACGAUUUUGAAAGAGCAGAGAAGCUGUUUGAUGAAAUGCUUCAAAGAGGCAACAAGCCGAAUAUCGUUACGUUUUCAAAUUUAAUUAGAUGUGCUUCUGUUAGUUCUUUGCUACAUAAGGCUGUGGAGUUGUUUGAGAGGAUGCCGUCUUUUGGGUGUGAACCUGAUUAUAAUGUGUCCUCGUCAAUGAUUUAUGUUUAUGCUCGCAUGAGUAAUGUUGAUAUGGCGUUGAAAUUAUAUGAUAAUGCGAAAAAUCAGAAAUGGUUUAUUAGGCCAGUGGCACUUUCUGCUUUGAUUAAGAUGUAUGGAAUACUAGGAAAUUCUGAUGGAUGUUUAAGUGUAUAUAAUGAUAUGAAGGUUCUUGGUGUUAGGCCUAACGUGAUAUUGUAUAAUGCUCUGUUGUUUGCAAUGGGGAAAUCUAAAAGGGCAAAUGAUGCCAAGGGUGUGUAUGAGGAGAUGAGAAAAAAUGGAUUUGAACCGAAUUGGGCAACCUAUGCAGCUCUUUUGGAAGCAUAUUCCAAGGGGCGACUUAGUAAAGAAGCUUUGAGUGUGUAUAAGGAAAUGAAGAAAAAGGGAAUGACUAUCAAUAAAUUUCUAUAUAGCAUGCUUCUUGACAUGUGUGCUGAUGUUGGCUAUAUAGAUGAAGCUGUUGAGAUGUUUGAUGAUAUGAAGCGUUCCGGGACUUGCCAGCCUGACAAUUUCAUAUACUCAUCACUGAUUAACAUGUAUGCAUGCAAUGGGAAGGUUUUGGAGGCGGAAUCAAUGUUGAAUGAAAUGACCAGAUGUGGAUUGGAGCCUAAUAUUUUUGUUCUCACAAUUUUUGUUCACUGCUAUGGAAAAGCCAAACGAACUGAUGAUGUUGUGAACAUAUUUAAUCAAAUUUGGGAUACCGGCAUCACUCCCGACGAUCGACUGUGCGAUUGUCUUUUGUAUGUCAUGACCGAAAUACCAAAAGAAGAGUUUGGUAAGAUAACAAAUUGCAUUGAGAAGGCUAACCCAAAGCUUGGUUAUAUUGUGACAUAUCUGACGGAGGAGAAGGAAGAUGAUGGAUAUUUUAUGAAGGAAACAUCAGAACUUUUAAGUUCAGCUGAUGAACAUGUAAAGAAGACCUUCUGCAAUAGUCUAAUUGAUAUAUGUUACAACCUAGGCAUGGAAGACAGAGCUCGUGACCUUCUUGGUUUGGGAUUGACACUUAAGAUAUAUAGCGAUAUACAAUCGAGAUCUGAAACUCAGUGGUGUCUGAACCUAAAAAAACUCUCAGUUGGAGCUGCUAUGACUGCCUUACAUGUUUGGAUAGAUGACUUGUCUAAGGCUUUUAAAUCAGGUGAAGAGCUUCCAAAAGUACUUGCAAUUUGUACUGUCCCUUGGAGACGCAACGAUUCGGAUAAAGACUUGGCUACUGUAUUUGAAUCAUAUCUAAAGGAACUUGAUUCUCCUUUCCAUAAGUCUACCAAUAUGACUGGCUGGUUUUUUACGACAAGCCAAGAAGCCAAAUCAUGGCUGCAGUCUAGAGGCUCAACCGAAACAGUUGCUGAUUUGAACUCCACAGUUUUAGAUGUUCCUGCUGAGGCUCUUCCCCACUGA